ACCAACCAUCUGAACGGAAAAAUGAUUGGAGUCAUUGGAGCUUCUCAAAGUCAAGUCGACGACAAGAAACGGAAGAGAGCGAGUGAGGCAUGUGACGCAUGUCGUCGCAAACGGAAACGUUGCGAACCUCCCGAGCGCGACGGUGAAGGCUGUCCCCGCUGCCGGAAAGAAGGCUCAACGUGCAGUUUUACGGAACCGACGUCUGCGUCGGCCACACCCUACCGCACGCACGACCACGCACCGACCCCACGUCCCGUCCCAGCACCCGCCGUAUACCAUACCCCGACAUCCUACAGCCAUCACCCUACGGGCAAUGGUCCGGAGGGUCUCCCAUCCGUGAACGAUACUGCCCGCCUCGUCGGCUCGAGCGCGACCCGCGCCUCAAAGGCUUGCGAUACAUGUAAAGCUAAGAAGAAACGCUGCGAUCAAGGCCCCAUCCCAGGCGGCGCCUGCGCCCGCUGCGGACAAGAAGGCAUCACAUGCUCCUUCACCCGAAACGAAUACCUCGUCUUCCCACCCCAUUAUGGUCACCACUCACCCAUGCCUCACCCUGGCCCACAACCACCGCCUCAUAGUAUGACGGUGCAUGCCCACGGACACCAGCAUCAUCUACCGCCACCCCCGGGCCCGCACCCUUCGCAACUCGCGACUCGAUUCAUCGGUGAUCUGAAUCCGGAGUCGCAGUUGUUGCAAUUGGACAAGACACGAUCGAAUGGACCUAGUAUGCCUGCAUCUCGACGAAAUAGUUUUGGACAUGGGAGGAGUGUUGGCGGGAAUAAUGGUGAUGUUGGCGUUUGGGUUACGGGUCGGAGUGGGAGUGGGAGAGGGAAGCCUGCGCAAGCGGACACGAAGAAUGAAGACACAAAAAAUGGCGGGGAUGGUAAAGACGAGCACAUCCAAAACGAAGCAGAGCUAAUGCGAGCCGCAUUGGAGAACCUUCGCCAGAAGGUAUCGUUUCUCUCCGAGGUCAUUCUUCCGUCAAAGGACUCCCUUGAUGCAUUACUCGAUAUCUACUUCCGCUCCGUCAACCUCUUCCUCCCAAUCGUUGACGAAACCACCUUCCGGCGCGCUUACACCGAAGACCCCACCACCGUCUCAAAACCACUUAUCCUAGCCAUGACCCUCGUCGCCUCAAAACACGACGACGCAAUUCCCUACCUCACCGACCGCCCCCGCAACUUCGGUGCUCGAGUCUACGAACAACUCACAGCCCUCCUCGCAGCAGGCUACGAACGCGAUAAAGUCACGCUCAUCAAAAUCCUCGCCCUGGCGAGUCUUCAUGCGGAGGGAAGCGAAGGCGGUGUGGAAGCGAGCAUGAUGAUAGCAAAAUGCGUUCAUCACGUUCAAACUCUCGGACUCCACCUCCCCCGCGUCACGGCUGGACAUGGACACGGACACGGUCCCGGUGACGAGAGUGUGCAGAGACUCUUUUGGGCGGUGUGGACGUUGGAUAGGUUCCACGCCGUACUCAGCGGUCGCCCGAUUUUACUACAUGCGGCUGAUAUGGGGAUCGCUGAUCCACCUCGCCUUCCUGGCGCGUUUGGUGUUUGGUUGAGGAUCACGGGAUUGUUGGAUCGUGUCAUUGCGUUCUACCGUCCCCGACUCGAUGGGCGGAUUAGUGGUGGCUGGGAAGAGGGAUUCCCGUCCUUUGAGGAUGUGAUUGGGGAGGAAGAAGUCGGGGUGGGUAACGAGAUGGUCACCUUGUUGGAGGUGUAUUAUCAUGCGGUUAGUAUGUUGACACAUCGGAGCCGGUUGGUGGUCGCGUCUGGGGCUACGCCGAGCAGUACGCGGCAAAGUCUCAGCGCGUACCGCAUUCUGCAAAUGGACAUGACCGGCCUCGCACCCCUCCCGAUCAUCCCAUACACCGCAACCCUCGCCAUGACAGUCUUCUACCGACAAUUCAGAAUGGCGAAGUUGACCACCCUCCGAGCUCGCGCUCGGGCAGAUUGGGAACGGGCACAGAAAGUGUUGGAGGGAUUGGGUGAUCGAUGGUGGAGUGCCGAGGCGAUGGGUAACUUGGGACGGAGCGCGAUGGAAAAGGUGGAGAAGAGGGAUCAUCCCCCGCCACCACCAGUACAGACCAGACCCGUCAGUGCUGAAGCGAAUCUGCAUUUGUUGGUGCAUGCUGCCGCUGGCGGUGCUGAUGCCGAUUUACCCCAGUUCGAGACGCAGGCGAAUGGACAUGGGAUGGGUGAUGGGGGUCAAGGCAUGGGAGGAAGCCCUUGGAGUGUAUCGAGUGGGUUGGAGAAUUUAGAUACGUUCUUGUUGGAUACGUUCCCGGACCCGUGUUUCCCAACCGAGUUUUUGGACCCGGCGACUUAGGGGCUGGGCCAUGUGAUGUAGGUGGGAUUUCUAGGGAUUACUACUGUGAGGGUCAUGAGUUACGAAGAUGGCAUUCGACUGAAUGGGAUGGUAUGGUUAUGGCGUGAUAAUAGUCUCUGUUUUUCCGGUGUGUAUACGUAAGUGUAAUG